AUGUCUCCUAGGCUGGGCUGGCUCUCCCCUGUCUGGGGCUAUCAGGCCGACCGACUGGAUUAUUGGCGCGAGGUGUUCACCUGCGAUGUAGUCGUGUCUACUGCACAACACGAGUUCUUUGGCGUCUCCGUCCUUGAGGCUGUAGCCGCUGGUUGCCUUCCAUUGUGUCCAGCCAGGCUGUCUUAUCCGGAGUUGUUUGAUGCCGAUAGUAGCAUCAACUCCUUGCCUAGCCGCAUCAGAGCUGUCGGUGGUCUGUAUGUGGAUCGCGGGCAGGCUGUGGCCAGGUUGCGUGACUGGGCACGACAGCCGGUCAAGAUUCGAGAAUGGUGUGCUGAGGCGUUGAUGGCAACAUAUUUAAACGAAGCAAAGAUUGCUUCUACAGGUUGUGUAACUGACGAUAACAGAAGGAUUAUCGGUGCCCUUCUACCGCCGAGUGGAGAGUUCCUUACUUCGUCAGAAGAUAAGGAAGAACGUCUUGAUGGGAAGUUUUCUGAAAUGAAAAUCGGGACUGAGUGGGAUCGCCGGACAAAAUUAGGAUCAGAAAAACACUCCAAAUGUGAUCGGGUUGAAGAUAACGAGGGACAUUUACCAAAAAAUGAGUAUCAAGAGAAAGAUUACCAUUUUCUGUCGUGCCCAGUAACGCAGAUUCUCAAGACAGAGGAUGAACGCAUGAAAGGAGAGAGGCACAGUAUCGAGGAGCCAAAAGACGUCCAAUUGUCUGUCAAUUCCACUGACACAGCUGGAUGGACAUCCAGGUAUGUAGAAAAUGAGAACUGUCUUUAG